AAUGCAUUGCAUCCGAAAUCGAAUCCGCUUGUUUACAUCAAUAAAAAUGCAGUAAUGGCUUUCAUUGGCGAAGUUAUUUACGAAGAUUAUCUGUACAAGUUCAAUCCCAGGAGCAAAUCAAUAUUAUGGGGAAAGAGCAACCCAUGGAAAGAGAAAUACUUUAUUAUCAAGCGAGUUGGGAACAAGCCUGUGCUGGAAUGCUUUAACAAAAAGCCCAAAAACCAAAAUUCACCUCCAAAAGGUAAAGUUGAAUUAUGGCCCAGUUUUCGAGUGGAGAAAGUAACAAACAUGAAGAAUCGAGCGUAUGUCUUCCAGAUUACGACCCCGGCUGAGACAGUCUGUCUAUCAUCUGACGAGCAAAGGAACAUGGACAUCUUUGUCUUUUUUCUGCAGAUACAAACAAGACUCAAAGAUCAAAUCAGAGAUGACUACUUCCCAGUGCAGCCAGAGAACUCUGAGGCUCAUCGCCGUAUAGGGGCCAAGGGCACCCACUGCCUCCUGCAUGUGUCCCCCUACGGAAUCACCCUGGCCCUGCAGUCCAAUAGAUCAGUACUAGCACAGUGGCCAUUAAAAAGUGUGCGUUCGUAUGAGAGUUCAGAGAAGGGUCAGAUCUCUUUAGAAGCAGGCCGUGUGGCACCUAUGGGGGACGGCAUGUAUAUUUUCAACACAGAAGUGGGCGUUGACAACAUCAUGUAUGAUUUGAUUGACAGAUAUGUGCUGGAUGCAUUGGAACAAAUUCAGCCGGGCAAUCGCGGUGGCACAGAGGAGGUUGAGGACUAUGUGAUAGAGGCAGAGAGGCUCCUUGGCCUGACGGUGGUGUCAGCCUGCACACCCAACAACUCAGAUAUACGCAGCAUACUGCAGGAGAACUGGAGCACAGACCUGCCCACCCAGGACAGCCAAGAUUCAGUUCGGCCAAGACAGAUUGUCCACACAAGGCUCACCCAUGCUGGCUCUCUGGGAAGUGUGAACAGUCAAAACAGCUACAGUUCGUCAUCUCAGCCAGUUUCUGCGAGGUCUAUCAGGGACAACAUCUCAGUUCAGCCAAUUAGGAAUUCCCCGCAGAUGCCUCGCUCACUGCCCCCCUUCCAGAACUCGCCCCUAGUGGGACCAAGGCGGGGCUCCAACCAGAGUCACUUCAGCCUGGCUGACCGCCCUCCAGCCCCAACCCCCAUUGCCUCUAGCGCCCCAGCCAGAGUGGCUCAACCACUGACCAGUGACAGGACCGGGCCUUACCUUAGAAUGGACUCCUCAGCUGCCCGGUGUAACACUGUUUCAGCCUCCACAUGCUCUCCUGGCUCGGCAGACUGGGUCCCUCCACCGACAUUCAGUGCUGCUAUGAGACAGGUGUCCUCCCCACCAAUAGCUGAGAAUGGACCCUACCGUUCUGAUGAUUCCUACUUGCACCCACCAAUAGCUGAGAAUGGAACCCACCAAUCUGACUCCUACUUGCACCCAGUCUCUAGUCCGGUCACAUCGACUCCAUUGACUAAGGGUGGCAGCCCAACCAUGAACAGUUCCUAUCUUACUCCACAGUCCAUAGCAGAGAGCAGUCAGUCAUCCACAGCUGAAUCCAACCAUUUUGCCAGACCCAAGGACACAUACCUGGGAAUGAGAUUUAAGAAAAAUGUGAGUCCGAAAUCAAAGCAUACUGGUGUACAUAAGGUGCACAGCAUUGACUUUGUGGUCCCAGUGCCUAUGCAGUCCAGGGCUCGGCGCCUGCGCUCUGUGAGCUGUGAGGACCUGAGUGACUACCUGAGGCAGGUCGUGUAUGACCCAGUUUCUAAGAGCAUGAAUGAUCUACUGGACGAGGGGGCCGACGAGAAAUCCUACAUGGCAGCUGAACCAUUCCCCAGGCUGCAGUCCUUCUCUGGGGUCAUUGAAAGAGACAUGCUCAUUCCAGAUAGCUAUUACAAUAUUGAUGGCUUGAAAGGUAAAAUCUACGACGGCCCAGGACUCUCUGUAGCGGAAAUUCGAAAAAGGUUUUCUAAAAGGUCAGCUUCAAGAAUACGGCGCUCUGUGUCUAAUCCAAGUUUUAUUGGCUCAUUGAGUGUGGAGAAAAUAAACGAAGCAAGAAUCAAUAUUGGAAUUCUUUCAUCACAUUCCAGUCCAAACAACAGUCGGUCUUCAUUACUUGAUGUAUUAGCUGAAGGUUUGAAGCGCAAGCUGCACAUGGACUCUAGGGGGGAGUACUCCCCUGGUGGUGUGGGUGGUGGGAGCCCGUCACAUGGCAGUAGUAGGACCAGCAGUAGGACCAGCAGUACCCAGGCAAGCCCACACAACAGUCUACCCAGUAGGAGCAAACACAACCAGGACAAUGACAUCAUUGCUACUACUAGUGUCAAGGGAAUUAACAUAACAAAAAGAAGUAGAUCAUUCAGAAAGAAGAAAGGUGAAAAUGACCAUUCUGGAAACCAAACUAAUCACUACCAAUCUAUGGGAGAGCCUGUUAUGACUGCAGCAGGACAAAAUGUAAAUCUAAAUGGUCAAACUAGCUGCAACCAAGUUCCAGUGUUAUAUACUAACUUGGAAAAUAAAGAGAAUGAACCAACAGGCGCAGUUGAUGUUGAAUCUCAAGGGAUUGAAUUGAGUUCUAAGAAAGAGGGACCAAAAGUUUCCAUCAAACCAAAGGCAGCUCCAAAGCCAAAGAAACUUGUUGGUGCUAAUGCUGUCAAAGAAACCACAAGUGUAUAGCUUGAUAGAUGUGUUCAACUACUAUAUGUUUUAUUUGUUAUGCCAUUCAUAAUAUGCAAGUAUUGUAUAACUUCACAGUAUGUAAUGCGUUUUGCGCUAGGCAUUUAAUAUUCCAUUUGCAGGACAAAUGUGAAUUAAGUGUCAGUUACCCAACAUGAUACAUAGAUAGAAUUGAAAAUUGGUGCACAUUACCUGACAUGUAUUGAUAGGUUGUAUAUUAUACUCAAAAUGUGCAGGUUUAUUUAAUGCUUUCUGGUGGUUUAUAGAGAAAUAUCAGUGAAUUAAAACUGAUAAUUUCACUGUUUCAAACAGUGAAAAUUAUCAGUGAGAAUUAUCGAUAAUUUUCAUUGUUUACUGUGAAAUGACGUCAUUUUUUGACGAAAUGACGUCUUUAUCCCAGCAAAAUUCUUUAGUUAAACUCUGAAACAAUGAAUAUAAACUGUAAAAAAUGCAUGAAAUAAAAAGGAAAUUUGUUGGAUUCGUUGGAUUAUCGAUUUUAAUUCACUCGUGAUCAUAGAAAAUAUAUAUUUUUGAUCAUAGAAAAUAUAUAUUUUCUAUGAUCACUCGUGAAUUAAAAUCGAUAAUCCACUGGAUCCAACCGCAGCCACGAGUGAAAAUAUAUAUUUUCUAUGAUCAGGAGUGAAUUAAAAUCGAUAAUCCACCGAAUCCAACAAAUAUCCUCUAUUUAUUUAUGCCUCUCAAGUCUGGGUUCUCAAUGAGAAAUUAUGACUUUUUUUGUAAAUAUGUUCAACUUUUUAUGUCCCCCACACACUAUAGUGGGGGACAUACUGUUUUUGCCCUGUCUGUUGGUCUGUACGUUGGUCUGUUUGCUCCAACUUUAACAUUUGCAAUAACUUCUUCAAUAUUCAACAUAGCAACUUGAUAUUUGGCAAGCAACUUGAUAUUUGGCAUGUAUGUGUAUCUCAUGAAGCUGCACAUUUUGAGUGGUGAAAGGUCAAGGUCAUCCUUCAAGGUCAGAGGUCAAGUAUAUGUGGCCAAAAUCGCUCAUUUUAUGAAUGCUUUGGCAAUAUUGAAGAUACCAACUUGAUAUUUGGCAUGCAUGUGUAUCUCAUGGAGCCGCACCUUUUGAGUGGUGAAAGGUCAAGGUCAUCCUUCAAGGUCAAAGGUAAAAAAAAAUCAAAUCAAAGCGGCGCAGAAGGGGACAUAGUGUUUCUUACAAACGCAUAUUAUGUUUAAAUAACAUUUUAUUGUUCUUCCACAGUAUUUUUUCAGACGCCCUGGGGUCUUUUGGAGUGGGUUAGGGAGGGCAGCCCCGCCAUAUGUUAUCUUUUUUACAUUUAAUUAUGACGUUAUUUGGUGUGUUAUGACUAUUCAAGAAAAAAAAACAGCUUUUAAGUAAUUUAUAACGACAUUUUUAAAAUUGUUUUAACACUUUUACACAUAGAUAUGCAUAAUCCCGGCUCGCUCAAUUUCCGAAUACAUCGGUAUCAACUCGUUUCUAUUUAUUACUUAAUUGUUACUUCUUUUCCUGUCGAUAUUAUGCAAUAAUCCCGUAAAUGUAUAUUCCAUUUUAAAAAGAAAUUCUGGUGAGUAUCAAGGAUAAAAGUGCUUAAGAAUUUCAUAAAUACAAACAUUCACCUUUUUUAGCUCACCUGAUUGCUCAGGUGAGCUUUUGUGACCGGUCUUUGUCCGUCGUAUGUCCAUCCGUCCGUUAACAUUUGCUCGUGAACACUCUAGAGGCCACAUUUCUUGUCCCAUCUUCAUGAAACUUGGUCAGAAGCUUUGUCCCAAUGAAAUCUCGGCCGAGUUCGAAACUGGGUUGUGCCGGGUCAAAAACCAGGUCACUAGGUCAAAAAAAAGAAAAACCUUGUAAACACUGUAGAAGUCACAUUUCAUGCCCAAUCUUCAUGUAACUUUGUCAAAAUGUUUGUCUUAAUGAUAUCUUGGUUGAGUUCAAAAGUGGUUCCGAUCCGUUGAAAAACAUGGCCGCCAGUGGGCGGGGCAGUUUUCCUUAUUUGGCUAUAGAGAAACCUUGUAAACACUCUUAGAAGUCACAAUUUUUGCCCAAUCAUUAUGAAAGUUGGUCAAAACAUUCGUUCAAUUGAUGUCUCGGACGAGUUUGAAAAUGGUCCAGAUCGGUGAAAAAACAUGGCCGCCAGUGGGCGGGGCAUUUUUCUCUAUAUGUAUAUAGUGGCAGUUUCCCUAUUUGGCUAUAGAGAAACCUUGUAAACACUUUAGAAGUCACUAUUUUUGCCCAAUCAUCAUGAAAGUUGGUCAAAACAUUGGUUUUAUUGAUAUCUUGAACGAAGUUUAAAAAUGGUCGGGAUCGGUGAAAAAAAACAUGGCCGCCAGUGGGCGGGGCAUUUUUCUCUAUAUGUAUAUAGUGAAAACAUGUGAACACAGUAGAAGUCACAUUUUUGGCCCAAUUUUCAUGAAAUUUGCUCAGAACAUUUGUUUCCUUGAUACAAGAGUUGAGUUCUAAAAUGGUUCCGGUCAGUUGAAUAACAUGGCUGCUGGGAGGGGGGCAGUUUUCUCAUUAUGCCAAGGAUCAUGAAACUUCAUUGGUACAUUGAUCAUGACUCGCAUAUGACUCCUAUUGAUUUUCAGGUCACUAGGUCAAAGGUCAAGGUCACGAUGACCCGAAGUAGUAAAAUGGUUUCCGGAUGAUAACUCAAGAACACUUAUGCCUAGGAUCAUGAAACUUCAUAGAUACAUUGAUCAUGACUCGCAGAUGAUCCCUAUUGAUUUUCAGGUCACUAGGUCAAAGGUCAAGGUCACUGUGACCCAAAGCAGUAAAAUGGUUUCUGGAUGAUAACUCAAGAAUGCUUAUGCCUAGGAUCAUGAAACUUCAUAGAUACAUUAAUCAUGACUCACAGAUAACCCCUAUUGAUUUUCAGGUCACAAGGUCAAAGGUCAAGGUCACGAUGACCCGAAAUAGUAAAAUGGUUUCCGGAUGAUAAAUCAAGAACGCUAAUGCCUAGGAUCAUGAAACUUCAUAGGUACAUUGAUCAUGACUCGUAGAUCUCCCCUAUUGAUUUUCAGGUCACUAGGUCGAAGGUCAAGGGCACAGUGACCCGAAAUAGUAAAAUGGUUUCCAGAUGAUAACUCAAGAACGCUUAUGCCUAGGAUCAUGAAACUUCAUAGGUAUAAUGAUCAUGACUCGUAGAUGACCCCUAUUGAUUAUCAGGUCAAAGGUCAAGGUCACAGUGCCAAAAAACGUAUUUACACAAUGGCUGUCAAGGUCACGGUGACUCAACUUAGAAAAAUGGUUUCUGGAUGAUAACUCAAGAAUGCUUACGCCUAGGAUCAUGAAACUUCAUAGGUACAUUGAUCAUGACUCGCAGAUGAAAUAAUGAUGAAACUUGACCAGGAUGUUUGUCUGGACAAUAUCUAAGUCAAGUUUGACAUUUGGUAAAGAUUAAAGAUUGACUCUCAAGUGAGCGAACUAGGGCCAUCUUGGCCCUCUUGUUCAUAAGUAACAAAUGAAUUUUAGCAUAUGUGACUAUUUACAGAUUUGAUAAAGUAAUGUCCAAUCGGGACAGGGGUUUUCCCACUGAACGCAGUAUAUCUCCUGAAUGGUGUUUGUGUUUUUAGAUAACACUUUUCAUGUGACGUACAUGUCUGUAUAAUUUUUGGGCGCUUUUUAUUGAGACAAACGAACAAGACCAAAUACUUGAAGCACUGUUUGUUUGAAGCCAGAAUUUGUUAAUGUCAUGUUAACAUUACAAUUCAGAAGCAUGUUGCGGAUUACUAAUUUAAAGAAUAAUAAAUUUAACAAUAAUUUGUAAAAACACUUUGCAAAUUGAAUAAAUGUUGUGAUCAUAUUAUGCAUGAAAUGCACAAUGUUCAUGAGGCACCUGGUUGCCAUCUUCAGUCUUUUAAGUAACUUGCUGAUAUUUAAUUGUUAAGGUGUAAACUUAGGGACAGAUGAGUGUGGAAGGUGAAAAGUCAACAAAUUGUCACCAAACCACACACUUAUGUCAAUUACGUCACUUGUCAUCUGCAUAAUUGUACCGCAGGUACAUAUAUUUAAUGCUUACAAGUGUUGCAGCUCAUGCAAAGCAUGUGCUCUCAUUGGCCAAUAUUGCUUUUCCAAUACAACAAUCGUCCGUCUUUAGGCGGGCUUAAGUUGGGUAAAGAUAUUCAUGUAUUGACAGAGGAUCAUAUAUAGGCUCUCAAAAUAUUUGGAAAAGUUGAUAUUGCUUUUAUCUUUACAGUGGCUAGUUGCAGUUACUUAGAAUAUACACUAAGUGGUUAAUUUCAAUCACCCUGCAGACUCUGAAUCUGGAAUGCAAGCCCCCCGGAGAGGUCCUGUUAAAUGACCUGUGGAAAGCACUGCUGUCACUGUUGAAAGACGUCACUUUCCUGGUGGUGACAUUUCAAAAUGGCCAUUUGGGAUAACAUAUUGUGUUCCUAUUUCAUUUUUUAAUUGGGGUAUGCAUUUAAGAAGUUUGAAAUAAAUCAGCGAAGAUAACAGAACACAAGUUGACAUGUAUGAGAUAAUGUGUUGCAUGCAAAAGGCGUAAUGCUACUCUCCAGAGUAAGGUAAAUGCCAUAUUUUGACAGUUCAUAAUACAAAACUAAUAUUGUAGAAACUCUUGUUACAUAUCUGUUUCAUAAAUAAUAUUCAGUGAUAGCCCUGCUUAUAAUGUGCAUUUACUAGGACUGUUAACUUUACUUGGACAGUUUACUAACAACAUUCCAUUUGUUUUGUGUUUGCAUUCCAUGUUCCUUGUGUCAUUAAUGAUUGGCAUUUAUGUUAGUUUACAGGCAAUUCAUAAUUGUCUUGUUCCAUGCUUACAAUAAACCCAUCUGUUGCUAAAUUGCAGUAUUGGGGGAACAUCAAUUUUGCUAAUAUUCGUGUUCUUUAUAUUUUAAAAACCUGUAUAAUAUCUGUAUCGGUCUUUCCGGUGAUUGCACCAAGCUAUGCAGUUCACAGUCUUUUGAAAGAAUAAUUGUAUGCUGGAAAUAUAUCAUUUUAUUGUGAUGACUGCUUUGCAUGUUGUUUUUUUGUCUUCCAUGUACAUGUUUUGUGUAUAUAAAUGUUAAUGCCCUUAUGCAAACAUUUUUAGAUUCUGUAUGAAUAAUGCACAAUUUGUAUUUAGUAUUUGAAAACAAAGAGUGUCAAUCUUGUAUUCACCGUUUCUUUUGUCUUCCAGCCAUUGUGCACAGUUUUCAUGUCCUUGUCUCAUAUACUGGUAUCAGGUGACCAUAUUGUUUACAAAUCUCUGCCAUUCAACAAGUGAUGUAUAGAGAUGGGUUUGCACUUAAUUGGCAAGAUUGAGGGCUGGGUCUAAUAGCUUACAUCACCAUUGGCAACUGAACACAAAGUUUUUUAAUAGUAUAGUAAAAUACAAAAUGUUAACAAAUUUGCUCAAAUCAAAUAAAAUCUUACAUGUUUAUGUCCAACAUUAGGUUUCCUCUUUAAAAAGUAUAACAUAUAAUUAAUGCGAGUACUGGCAUGACAUUGCCACACAA